AAGAAAUGGACUUUGUUCAGGAUUUCUUCAUCCCUAAGAAUAGCACUGCAAUCUUGCACUUAGCGGUGGAGAAUGGAGUAUUUGAACUUGUAGAUGAGUGUCUAAAAGCUUUUCCUGAUCUAAUUUGGUAUGCAGACAAACCCCCCAAAGUCGAAGAAAGUGUGCAGCCGCGUCAUGCUCAUUAUACAAGCGAAGUCGUAGGACGUUUGUUGUGGAAAGAUGCUACUCAACAUGAACAUGCAAGCACAUCCACCGCCAAAUUGUAUCAUCAUGGUACUGAAUAUGCAGACACAACCUCUGGACAUUGGGAGUGGCAUGAGGGUCAAUAUGCCGACACAGCCACCCGCACCGGACGUUUGUUGUUGCAUGUAGCUAUUGAGCAUCGCCGAGUGGAGAUAUUUAAUUAUUUGAUUAAAUUGAUUGGAAAAAAUACAAAGGCAUAUGCCGAUUUAAAACUUGAAGGGAAUAACAAUUCUCUUCAUUUGGCAGCAAAUUUGGCUCCUACACCUCAACUCCAAUCUGUCCCAGGUCCUGCAUUUCAGAUGCAGCGAGAAUUACAAUGGUUUAGGGCUGUGGAAGAAAUAGUUUAUGAUGAGUUAAAGACGGAAAAGAACUUAGACGACAAAACACCUCGAGAAUUAUUCUUCAAUGAGCACAAAGAUUUGCUAAAGGAUGCAAAGGAAUGGAUGAAGGACACAUCAAAUUCCUGCAUGGUGGUAGCUACUCUGGUCGCAACAGUUGCAUUUGCUGCUAUGAUCACUGUACCGGGUGGCAAUAAUAGUAACACGGGCCUCCCUAUUCUGGCCAGGGAAAAACUUUUCGUGGCAUUUUCCAUAUCAAACGCAUUGUCCAUGGUAUCCUCCGCUGUUUCUCUGCUCAUGUUCCUCUCAAUUCAAACAUCUAGAUAUACUGAAGGGGAUUUUCUGGAUUCACUUCCCAAGAAAUUGCUUCGAGGUCUACUUUCCUUGUUCAUUGCUAUAGCCACAAUGAUGGUAUCUUUCGGUACAGCAAUUGGAUUGUCACUUCAGACGAGGCUCAACUGGAGUUACAUUCCCAUCACAAUCAUUGCUUGUGUCCCUGUUAUCAUUUUCACCUGGUUACAGCUUCCUUUGCUUUUGCAAGCGAUCAGAGUCGAAUCUGGACCUGGCAUUUUUCAGGGACAAAGGGAUCUCAAGCUUUGGUGCAUUGAGAAAAUUGGCGGCCGUCUUUCGGCAUAUGACAGGGUUUGACCUCAUUCCACAAUUUGCUGCUAAUUAAUUCACCAUUAGAUGGCUUUCCCAAGAGUUGUCUCCAUGAUUACAUUGUAUUUCUUUUACUCUUUAAAAUUUAGUUUCACCUUGCGAGUUUCUUGUUUA